CCCAGCACCCCGCGAUACCCUCAACUUAUACCCCCAGGUAUCACCUAGCAACACAUUCAACAGCUCCACCUUUAUCACACCCCGUUCUCGACCGCCAACAUGAAUCCUGAAUACGAUUACCUCUUCAAGCUUCUGCUCAUCGGAGACUCUGGCGUCGGAAAGUCGUGCUUGCUGCUUCGUUUUGCCGACGACACAUACACAGAGAGCUACAUCUCGACCAUCGGUGUCGACUUCAAAAUCCGAACCAUCGAACUCGAUGGCAAGACGGUGAAGCUACAGAUUUGGGAUACCGCUGGUCAAGAGCGCUUCCGAACCAUCACAUCCUCGUACUACCGCGGUGCCCACGGCAUCUGCGUCGUCUACGAUGUCACCGACAUGGACUCGUUCAACAACGUGAAGCAGUGGCUGCAAGAAAUUGACCGAUACGCCACCGAGGGUGUCAACAAGCUGUUGGUGGGCAACAAGUCCGAUAUGGCAGACAAGAAGGUGGUCGAGUACACCGUAGCAAAGGAGUUCGCAGACAGCCUCGGUAUCCCAUUCCUCGAGACUUCCGCAAAGAGCGCCACCAAUGUAGAGCAAGCUUUCUUGACCAUGGCCCGUCAAAUCAAGGAGCGCAUGGGCACCACAACCGCCAACACCAAGCCAACCGUCCCGAUCGGGCAAGGACAGGGUGUGCAGAGCGGAUCUGGAGGCGGCUGCUGCUAGAGUGUUGCUACGACGAACAGUGGUGUGCUGGAAUUCAAGCGGUGAUCAAGACGAGCAACAUACGGCGUGGGUGUCUGCGUUCCCAUUCUGUGACUUUGGUAACGAUAACUUAAUGCUCAUGGUUAUGGCUAUGGCUUCUUUUCAACGACUCUUCAUGUCUACCCAUGUCGCAUCUCCUGGUCCUACUUGUAUGGCGCAGCCUGAACCAGAAGGGGAACACUUGUUGGAUUUUCUAGAUUGUGCAUUGGACUGGUCGAGGUUCGUUAGAGUCUCCUUUUUGUGUGUCUAGGUGUUGGCAGGCUAUUAUAUCUUUUUCGUAA